UUCCCCUCCAGACUCCGGCAGCAAUGGAUGAGAAAUGUUGCAUUGUGGUUAAGCUUUCCUGACAAGCUAGGAAUGAUUUCAAGUCCACUUUGAACCCAAGCUCCUCUCUGAUGCUGCUUUAGCCGCCUGGGCUUCAGUGAGAUUUUACCAGACUCUCUAAUAAUCUCUCUUUCAGAUUCUUUAUUGGUGUUUAUCUAUACUAUGUCUUGGCAGUCCAUCAAAGAGGACAUGGUGUGCCUAGCACAUUUCUGGAGCGCUGCAGGCUCAUUUCUAGCUUUGUACUUAUUGCUACAACUGCCUGAAUUGCAAGCUUUGGUCAGCUACAAGCCCAACAUUGUCCUCUUCUUGGCUGAUGACCUGGGCAUUGGAGAUAUAGGCUGCUAUGGAAACAACACUAUCAGGACUCCUAAUAUAGAUCGACUAGCAAAGGAAGGAGUGAAACUCACUCAGCACAUUGCUGCCGCUCCAGUUUGCACUCCAAGCAGAGCAGCUUUCUUAACAGGACGAUACCCCAUCCGAUCAGGUAUGGAUCAAAGCAAUGUCUAUCGUGUCCUUCAGUGGGUUGCUGGUUCAGGUGGCCUCCCUCCAAAUGAAACCACUUUUGUUAAGAUAUUGCAGAAGCAAGGCUACACCACCGGAUUAAUAGGGAAAUGGCAUCUAGGUAUGAAUUGUGAAUACCAUAAUGACAAUUGCCACCACCCCUUACAGCAUGGAUUUGAUUUUUUUUAUGGGAUGCCUUUUACACUAAUGAAUGACUGUCAGGUAUCACAGCCUGCAGAGUUAGAUGGACCCCUACGGGCCAAACUCUGGUCCUACACUCAAAUAAUUGCUCUUACUGUGCUCACACUUCUAGCAGCAAAACUUAUUCAUUUGGUGUCUGUUCCGUGGAAAACUAUUUUCUUCCUUGCUGUGUUUGGCUUCUUGUUCUUCAUUUCUUGGUAUUCAAGCUAUGGAUUUGUAAGAUACUGGGAUUGUAUCAUGAUGAAAAAUGAUGAAAUCACCGAACAGCCAAUGAAAGUAGAGAGAGCUUCAUCUCUUAUGCUGAGAGAGGCCAUUUCCUUUAUUGAAAGAAACAAGCACGGGCCAUUCUUCCUCUUUGUUUCCUUCUUGCAUGUUCACACCCCUUUAGUUACCACAGAAAAUUUUAUUGGCAGAAGCAACCAUGGCUUGUAUGGUGACAAUGUAGAAGAGAUGGACUGGAUGGUAGGAAGAAUUUUGGAUACUCUUGAGAAUGGAAGUUUGAAAAACAGGACUCUGACAUAUUUUGCCUCUGACCAUGGUGGACACUUAGAAGCUCGGAAAGGAAAUGUUCAGCUAGGCGGAUGGAAUGGCAUAUACAAAGGUGGAAAAGCCAUGGCAGGCUGGGAAGGAGGAAUUCGUGUCCCUGGAUUAGUUAGAUGGACAGGAAUUCUACCUGAGGGCAAGAUCAUCGAUGAACCAACAAGUCUGAUGGACAUUUACCCCACAUUGGUUCAUCUGGCUGGUGGAACAGUACCACAAGAUAGGGUUAUUGAUGGCCGGAAUUUGAUGCCUCUGCUAUUAGGAUCAGUUCAGCAAUCAGACCAUGAAUUCAUGUUUCACUACUGUGGGAUACAUUUGCAUGCAGUACGGUGGCACCAGAAGGAUAGUGGGAAUGUGUGGAAGGCCCAUUUCAUCACACCAGUUUUUCAGCCAGAGGGGUCUGAAGGAUGUUAUGAAGUUAAAUAUUGUCCGUGUUCUGGAGAAGGUGUAACACAUCAUAAUCCUCCUUUGCUGUUUGAUCUCUCUCAAGACCCAUCGGAAAACCUUCCCCUGUCACCAGACAUGGAGCCACUGUUCCAUAUAGUUAUUAAAAGAAUAGAAAAAGCUGUGGAUGAACAUCGCAGGACUCUUACGCCCGUCCCACAGCAGUUAUCAUUCUACAACAUAAUGUGGAAACCAUGGCUGCAGCCAUGCUGUGGGACAUUCCCAUUCUGCUGGUGUGACAAAGUAAAGGAAAACCUAGACAAUGGACAACAGUUCUAAAGUGUGUGUGUGUGUGUGUGUGUGUGUGUGUGUGUGUG